CAUCUUGUGCUUCCCCCCUCUCCUAUUCCAGCAGGUGAAGGCCGGGCGGGCAGUCAGUCUGCUAGAGCCCGCAGAGCAGUCAGCAGUGUCUGCCGGCUUGGAAGGAGGUCGCUCUGCGCCAUGUCGCUCGACGAGAGAUUCAACAAGGCCGCUGAAGAUGUGAAAGGCCUGACCAAGAGGCCGACGGACCAGCAGCUGCUGGACUUGUACGGUCUCUUCAAACAAGCCACCGUGGGCGACAAUGAGACCAGCAAGCCGGGACUCCUGGACCUGAAGGGCAGGGCCAAGUGGGAGGCCUGGAACGGCAGGAAGGGCACCAGCCAAGAGGACGCCAAGGAGCAGUACGUGUCCUUCGCCAGCUCCCUGCUGCAGGAGUACGCGUGAAGUCCUUCGUCUUGCCGCACCCGACAUCACAGCACCACAGCAUCACAGCACCUGGCCAGCACAACACCUUAGUGUUUUGGGACAGUUACGAGAGUGCCAAAGGUUUCGCAAUUCACUGUCCAACAAUGCUGAUUUUAUUCAUGUGUUAUUUUUAUGUUUUAAUUUCAAAAUAAAAAAUAAAGAUUUUA